AUGUCCCGCAUCGGCAAGUUGACGACCGAACCCUCUCCGGAUAUGAAAAGAACAUAUCCUCAAUGUAUCCCAGUUCUCACCGCGAGGUUAAAAAUAAAAGCUCCGAGUUUCUUUUCUGGAGAAUACGCAUUCCGCAAUUUUACAGUUUUUGCCACUCACAUGGCAGGUUCAUCUCAAACAAUCAUCCGCUUCUAUGUUCUCUGGCAGCUAGUGAUUGUUCAAAGUCAUUUGAACCUUUCGUUGGACCCGUAUGUGAUACCCUAUGGUAUGGCGCUGUCAUCGAGCCUGGUAACAUUGAUGAUCCAGACGCUAGUCCAAGUAUCACUACUUGGACGGGCCCAGAAGUUAGACAGGAUCGCCACUUACUCAGCGGCAUUAGCCACAGAACGCGAUGAAGAUGGUGCGGCCUCGCUCUCUUUGGACAGUCACUCCAUCGGGAUCAGCACGGGUGAUGAUGACAUCAAGGAGUGGGCCGUCGCACUUCGAAAUCGUCGGCUCAUCACCCACUCGCAGUACUUGCACCAAGGCUCCUCGAUUUGGCGAUGGAAAGCACUUCAAUGCCUGAUUGCAAUUGGACCGUUCGAGAAUAAUAAAAAUAUUGCUCUCAUAGGCACUUCAAGCUCAUCAAAUGACAAAGCUGCAAGGGUCACAGCAAUUACACCCAUUUGGUAUAUGCUUUCAGCGGUUGUUGACGUCCUGAUCAGCUCGAGUACCAUCUGCGAUCUAGGCGGAAUCCGAAAACAAGUCACGAAUCUUCGUAACAGCAGAAAUGACACUAGUCAUGGUGACAUCUGGAGUGUUUCUCAGCAGUGUACAGAUUAUUUCCAUCAUUCUCUAUUUCACUCUGCACGAGAAGGGAUGGCAAUUACACUGAUCGCCGUUCUUUCAACUUCCCUCAAGAGCCAAGAGGCCCGAAGCUCUAUUCGUCUAUCUACUGGUCCCUACCACCUCAUGGCGUCUUCCGAGAAAAGAGGGAAAAAUCCUUCAAUAAUUGAUGCGGUGACCAAGAAGCAUUGUAGCGAUGCGGAGCCACCAAAAUCAUUGCCUACUGCGAUGAUUCGUGAUAAUCCAAACUUAUCACUCAUAUAUGACUCAUUUGACAGUCGUUCGCAAUCAACUGAAUCUAGCUCAAUUUCACAGAGUACGUUAGAUCACAGAGGACAAGCCACAAGUAGAACUUCACCUAUCAGUCAACCUCAUCGGGAAUCUACUUCGACCGUCUCUUCCAAUUCAGCAUACCCGUUCCAAUCCAGAUUUUCCGAUUGGGGUACAGCUACCCCUGACAACUCAACUCUGGCAACCCGGUCUACGAAGUCUUGA